AUGCAGGAAUACGACCAGAUCUACUACCCCGUGACGUUUGCGAGCCGUACUCUGAAGUCGAACGAGCUGAACUAUGGCAUCGUGGAGAAGGAGGUACUCGCCCUCUUGAGGAUCCUGGAUCUCAAUUACAAUACGUUGGUCGGACGUCCGAUCCGUGUGUCAACCCGACAUUCAACGUUGGCGUGGCUCUUCAGAUCCACGGCCUUACAAGGACGUUUAGGACAAUGGGCCGCUCUGUUGUCGCCUUGGACACUUGAGAUCACCAAGUGUGUCAAAGGAGAGGAUGAGAUCUUAGGAGCACUGGCAGCCCGUAUUACCCCUAGAUCAGAAGUGGAUAAGGCAUUGAUCUCAAUUGCCCCCAAAAAGGAACCAAUACGUAAGAUCCAAGCUCCGAUCCCCGCUAUCAACGAGACGAGGAGCUAUACGUCUUUCGAUGGAUCAGCCCGUGUCAAGAUAGGUGGAGGAGCCUACAGCGCAAUCUUGUGGAAGCUGCCCGAAUGGAGGGUGCUGAAGGCUAGAUCAGGAUAUGCCGAAGGCUUGACGGUGAAUGAGGCAGAAUACCAUGGUCUGCUACUAUGUCUAGAUCUGCUGGAAGAUCUGGAUCCCCAGCGUCUGGUGAUCUGCGGAGACUCAAACCUGAUGAUCCGACAAGUAAGAGGGGAGAUUGAUUGUAAGGCGCCAGGUCUGACACUGUUACGUCAGCGAGCCCUGGAUCGACUACAUCCUGAUAGUGGAAGUCGAAGACGAGGCGAACAGAUAUCAGCUGUGACGACCCGAUCUAAGGCUAGAACGGGAGCGCGUAUUGGAUCCGAUCCAGACUCCCUACGAGAGGAAGUCGUGAGAGAGCUACGGAUCGAGCGGGUCCGACAAGCGCAGGACGAGGAGACGUGGAUCAUGGGCUUGAAGAAGUAUUUGGUCGGGGAGAUCCGCGAUCUGAUGCAAGAAGAGGCUAAGAUGUUCGGAUCUAUUGCUAUGAAUUAUGAGUGGAUCAGUUGGACCUACUCUUCUAUUACCCGACGACUAAGGAAACCGCUGCAGAUCGAGAUAAGUUGA